GCCCAGCUUGGGGUCAAUAAAGCAAGAUGAGUGAGCAGGCAGGAGGCUAUACUUACACCCAGACGUCGAUAUUAUUUUUCCAUGCGAAGAUUCCUUUUGGUUCUAAGUCCGGUAUGGCAACUCUCAAGGACCAGCUGAUUGUGAAUCUCCUUAAGGAAGAGCAAAGCCCCCAAAAUAAGAUUACAGUCGUUGGGGUUGGUGCUGUUGGCAUGGCUUGUGCCAUCAGUAUCUUAAUGAAGGACUUGGCAGAUGAACUUGCUCUUGUUGAUGUCAUGGAAGACAAAUUAAAGGGCGAGAUGAUGGAUCUCCAACAUGGCAGCCUUUUCCUUAGAACACCAAAAAUUGUCUCUGGCAAAGACUACAGUGUGACUGCAAACUCCAAGCUGGUUAUUAUCACAGCUGGCGCCCGUCAACAAGAGGGAGAAAGCCGUCUUAAUUUGGUCCAGCGUAACGUGAACAUCUUUAAAUUCAUCAUUCCUAAUGUUGUAAAAUACAGUCCCAACUGCAAAUUGCUUGUUGUUUCCAAUCCAGUGGACAUCUUGACCUAUGUGGCUUGGAAGAUAAGCGGCUUUCCCAAAAACCGUGUUAUUGGAAGUGGUUGCAAUCUGGAUUCAGCCCGGUUCCGUUACCUAAUGGGGGAGAGGCUGGGAGUUCACCCAUUAAGUUGUCAUGGGUGGGUCCUUGGGGAACAUGGUGACUCUAGUGUGCCUGUAUGGAGUGGAGUGAAUGUUGCAGGUGUCUCCCUAAAGAAUCUGCACCCUGAUUUGGGCACUGAUGCAGAUAAGGAACAGUGGAAGCAAGUUCACAAACAGGUGGUUGACAGUGCUUAUGAGGUGAUCAAACUUAAAGGCUACACAUCCUGGGCCAUUGGCCUAUCUGUGGCAGAUUUAGCAGAAAGUAUGAUGAAGAAUCUUAGGCGGGUGCAUCCAAUUUCCACCAUGAUUAAGGGUCUCUAUGGAAUAAAAGAAGACGUCUUCCUUAGUGUUCCUUGCAUCUUGGGACAGAAUGGAAUCUCAGAUGUUGUGAAGGUGACUCUGACACCUGAGGAAGAGGCCCGUUUGAAGAAGAGUGCAGAUACACUUUGGGGGAUCCAGAAAGAGCUGCAGUUUUAAAGUCUUCUAAUGUCAUACGCCCUCACUGUCUAGGCUACAGCAGGAUUUUAGCUGGAGAUGUGCAUAUUGUCCUUUUUAUCC